CAACUGCAAAGCUGGCAGGGGUUUUUUUGCUGAAAAAGGGGGGAAAAAUUGAACAUGAUUUAUCUUGGUUUGGUGAUUAGAAAGUGUAGAAAAGAACGGAGCCCAGGGGUUAUUCCAAAGACAGCGAAAGCAGCUGGUUCCGCUCGCUCUUCGUUCACAAGGUGGAUCCCCGAAAAGACGCUCAUUCACCUGCUCUCCAAGAAAGAGACCAACCACCUCUACAAGAUCCAAUUCCACAACGUCAAACCCGAAUGCUUGGAUGCCUACAAUAAACUUGCGGAAGAAGUGCUUCCCAAGCUGCAUUCAGACACCGGGUAUCCGUGCGAGCUGGUUGGCAACUGGAAUACUUGGUACGGCGACCAGGACCAGGCAGUUCACAUCUGGAGGUUCAUCGGUGGCUACUCCGCCCUCAUGGAAUCCAUGAACAAGCUGAGGGAGAAUCAGGAAUAUUUACGAUUCCGCAAAGAGAGGAGCCAGAUGCUCCAUUCCCGAAGGAAUCAGCUGCUCCUGGAAUUCAGUUUUUGGAAUGAACCCCUGCCCCGCGCCGGGCCCAACAUCUACGAGCUGCGAACGUACAAGUUGAAGCCCGGGACCAUGAUUGAAUGGGGGAACAACUGGGCUCGGGCAAUUAAACAUCGUCAAGAUAACCAGGAAGCGGUGGGCGGCUUCUUCUCCCAAAUCGGAGAGUUGUACAUCGUACAUCAUUUGUGGGCCUACAGGGACCUGCAAUCUCGAGAGGAGACACGGAACGCUGCCUGGAGGAAGCGAGGAUGGGAUGAAAAUGUUUACUACACAGUUCCUCUCGUGCGGAGCAUGGAGUCCCGAAUCAUGAUCCCGUUGAAAAUUUCCCCGUUGCAGUGACCCGCCUUCCCAGGGAAGCGCGGGGCUCAACCGUCACCCAGGAAAAGAAGGAGAAGAAGAGAGAAGAAACUAUGUUACAUUUCCUCCCCGGCCCUUUUUCCCUCUAAUAAUCUUCGUUACAUCCCGAUUUUCUAACUUUUUCUGCUUUGCUUGCGUUUGCUCCACCUACGGCGCUUAUACGGACUUCGUCUCCCAGAAUUCCCCAGCCAGAAAGCUCAUAAGAAUGCUGGGACUUCAACUCCCACAAUUCCUGCAGUCGGCGUGGCCCUGCUGGGGAAUUCUGGGAGUCGAAGUCCUCACAUCUUAAAGCGUCAGGGAUCUCCACUGCCGAUUUGCAACUGGGCCACGAGCCGGCACGCACACAGCUUAACUCGCCUGCCCGCUGGGCUGGUGUGCAUGCAUACGCAGCUGAGCUGCCAGUGCGCAUGCAUGCCAGCCCACCACUCGCGUGGCCCAGUUCCCCUCUCGCUCCCCAGCUGUGACUCCCACAGAGUCACAAAAACCGGGGACCACUGCCCUAAGUUGAGAGAAAAAAUAUAUCUAGAGAGAUUCUGUCCUUUUUUUGGUAAUCAUUCCAUUCUAUUUUUCCUUCCUCCCAACCUGUUAAUUCCCAGGCGGAUGAGGGAACGCUUAAGCUUGUUCUUCAGAGGAAGAGGAAGAUCCCAAUAUUUGAUCAAUGGCUAUUGACACCUUAGCAGAUUGGUGUCCGCGGUGAGGGGGCGGAGACUUUUUUUUAAAAAAUUGGGCACCGGAUUCUCUUGGCUAGCAUCCGUCCUCUUUCCUGGAGGGGGAAGGUGAGCCUUUCCCCAGCCAGCUAGCCUCUUUUAAGAAGGACGCGCAUUUUGACAUUUGGGAGCAUGGAUGUGGGCUUGCUGUGGCUGCAGAUGCUCUUACCAUGCAUGUGAGAUGGAGCCAUGUAAUAAAGAGAAUGGAGCAAUAACAAUAAUAAUAAAAAUGUCUGCUUUUCAA